CUGAUCAGUGGAGCAGAAAUGUCCUACUCCUGGAUCUCACUAACAUCUUCUAUUCCAUCCUGUAGGAUGACGAUGGCCGAGGCUGCAACUCCAGAGCUGUUCUCAGAGCAGGAGUUAACCUGCUCCAUCUGCCUGGACCUGUUCAAUGAUCCCGUCUCCACACCGUGUGGGCACAACUUCUGUCAGGCUUGUAUUGGAGGUUACUGGGCCUCCAGUUCGGUCUGCACCUGUCCUCUCUGUAAGCGUCAGUUCAAUGAACGUCCUCAGCUGAGCAUCAACAAAGUCUUCGCUCUCAUCGCAGACAAAUACAAGCUAGCCCGUUAUGGUGCCGCAGGUUUACCGCCGCCGGUCAGUAACGGGACGCCGGGCUCGAUGGCAACCAUACCAGACAUGGGCAGCACAAACCCGUUUCUGUCGGCGCCGACGACGCCGGCAGGUGAGGAGGUGGUGUGGUGUGACGUGUGCACAGGUGUUAAACAGCCGGCCAUCAGCUCCUGCCUCACCUGCACCGCCUCCUACUGCACUGAGCAUGUGCAGGCGCAUCACACCACACCGUUCUACGCCAAACACCCACUGAUGGACCCACAGGAGGCGCUGAGGGGGCGCACCUGCUCCAUACACCGCCGCCUGCUGGAGGUGUACUGCAGGACAUGUCAGCGCUGCAUCUGUGCCAUCUGCGUCCUGGAGGAACAUCGGACCCACAAAACUGUCUCGGUCCAAACCGAGAGACUCGGCAAACAGAAACAGGUGGCGAGAACAGAACAGGAGAUCCUGAACCGGAUCAAAGAGAAGGAGAUCCGAGUGACUGACCUGAAGAGGAAACUGGAGGGAGUCCAGAACUACGCAGAUAGAGAGCGUGGCGAGGUAGAACACCUGCUGGACGAAGUCUCCGCCUCCCUGGACAGGAUCAGGUCUCGGGUAGUGGGCGGGAUCCAGAACCAGCUGGAUGCCGUGAUGUCAAAAGGAGAGGGGCUUGUGAACCGUCUGGAGGCGGAGCUCGAACAGCUGACGGAGAGGAGAGCCACGCUGGAGAUGCAGGCCAUCAGUCAGGAUCACAUCGGGUUCCUGCAGAGCUUUGAGGAUGCCACAGCUCCUCUGUCUGAGGAGCAGGAACAGGAGGUUGAUGAGGCGUCAGAGUUCCAGCUUCACCUCCAUCUGGGAGACGUAAAGAGCAGUUUGGUUGAAAUCAAAGACAAGAUGGACGACGUCCGCAUGGGGGAAGUUAGAUCCCGAGGCUCCAGAGGCUCCUUUUCGUCAGGUGACCUGAUGAUGGCAGAGAGCAUGAUGAGUCUGAGAGGAAGCUCGGCCAGUCUGAGGAAGAGUCAGUGGUCUCUGAAAGAUCUGAAGAAGUACAAACAGGUUUCAGGACACAAGAAGGUUCGAGUCUACAUGGAGGAUGUGACGUUGAACCCGGUGACGGCGUAUCCCUUCCUCAUCCUGUCCGAGGACAGGAAGCAGGUGAAGAGAGGCGAGAAGCUGCAGUUCUACAGAAACAGCCAACAGAGGUUUGAUGUCUGGUCCUGUGUCAUCGCCAAGGAGGGCUUCAGCACCGGACGCCACUACUGGGAGGUGUUUGUGGGGGAGAGUAAAGACUGGAAGCUGGGUGUGGUCACUGAGUCUGCUCAAAGGAAAGGCCUGUUCGACAUGAAUCCCUCUAACGGAUACUACGCCCUCUGGUGGAGUGGCAACCAGUUGCGAGCGCUCACUGCUCCGCCACUGACCAAGGUGAAAAGUACUCAGAAGCUGCGACAGGUGGGCGUCUUCCUGGAUGUGGACGAGGGUCAGGUGUCCUUCUACAACGUCAAGUCAGGCUCAGAGAUCUACAGCUUCAGCGGAUCCUCUGAGUUCACUGAGAGAAUGUUCCCUCUGCUGGGCACCGGAGACAAAGAGGUUCCACUGGUCCUCAUGACCACACAGCACCAGCUGGCCUGAGGGACCUGGACCUGGACCUCAGGGUCAUACCGGAGAACAUGAUGAAUGGUGUGAGAAGGAGGCAGCUGAGGAAGGACAAGGAUGUUUUGACAGAAAUUUAAUCUUACCGUGACAUAAAAAACAAUUCUUAGUUUCUGUUGGUGGAUAAACACAUUGUCUCCUUCUCCCACAACAAAAUAUCUUCCAUGUUAUAAUCUUGAACGUUCAUGAACUUUGCAGAGGGGAAGUUUGUGAUAAACACAACUAACAGUUACUGUCAGUAUGUCAUCUUAAUGACACCUUAUUUUACGUCUUAAAAUGUGAGAAAACAGUGAAGACCAUGUUUUUAUGUUUUAUUCAAUCACAAAACCAUAGAGACCAAACCAAAAAAGCAUGAAUUCUUUGACAAUAUUCAUCAGUUUUGCGUUACAGAAAAUAGUCAUAC